AGCGAAAGGAGAGGAUUUAUAUCAAUGAAAAAAUUAUAAUGUAGAAAUUGAUAUUUUCCCAGAGGUACAAUGUAGAAGAUACUUAAGGCUUACAGUUAUCACUAUUAUAGAGUACAUCAAUGUUUAAAAUUUAAAAUAACUGUGAAAGAAAUAGAGACCAUUUUUAUCGAUUUUACAAUGUAAAAAGAUCAACUAAAAACCUAGUUGGGAAAAAGACAAAAUGGCUACAGGUCGACAAAUUGAUACGGAUAUUCUUUCGGAUGAAAUAUUUGAUGUAUUAUGUUCAAUGUGUAGAAAUGAAGGCAGAAACACUGAAGGUGAAAAAUACUGUGUUGAUUGUAACGAUUAUUUCUGUGUUAGUUGUGUCAAAGUUCACAGUAAAGUGCCUGUAUUAGCUGGUCACAAGGUGUUGGAUAAAUCUCAAGUUAAGUCAGGAACCAGUAAAGGUCUGUCGAGGGCACCAGCAGAGAGAUGUGACAGACACAGUCAUAAACACAUUGAUAUGUACUGUCAGAACCAUGAUAAUGUUGGCUGUUCUACAUGUAUGGCAGUUGAUCACAGAUUAUGUAAGGAUACAUUCUACAUACCAGAAUUUAUCCAAAACAAUACUUACCAAGUUGAAUCGAGAGACAUUCAAACAAAACUCAAGGAAAUAGCCAAGACCCUUGAAAAACAAGCUGAUAGAUUUAAACAAGAUAAACAAAGGCUGUUAAAGAGGAAAGCAGAGUUUCUGGCUGAUAUCAGAAAAUUCCGACAAGAAAUCAAUGGCCAACUUGACAAGCUGGAGAAAAGUUCUAUUGAUGAGAUAGAAAGUAGAGUCAAAUGUCUUGAAGACAAAAUCGAAGACAGUUUAAAACAGCUACAAGCAAACAAGUCCAGGAUUAAAUCAGCUAAUGAUAAGUUAGCAUCUACAAACACAAAUCAUUCUGAAGUGUUUGUUUAUGUGAAGAUGGGAGAAGAUGCUGCAAAUGUUGCCAACAAAUAUAUGGAGCAUGCCAAAAUAAAAAGUACAGUAGAAGACAUAGAGUUUCAACCUGACAGAACAAUUCUUACACAGUUAGAACAAAAGAAGACCCUAGGCACACUAUCAGAGAAACCUACAAAGACUGCUGUCAAUUUAUUUCAGAUUAAAGGAAAUCAAUCAUAUAAUGUUAAAGUUAAGUCAGAUAAAAACGAUUGUUAUGUCACCAGUGCCUGCUGUAUGGAUGAUGGUACAAUACUUCUAGCAGAUAACUACAACAGCGAGCUUAAACGUUUACACAGUUAUAACUAUACUGUCACAGACUACUGUGAUCUACCUGGAAAGCCAUGGCAAGUGUGUAUGAUCAGUAACACACAAGUAGCAGUAACUUUGAUAUCACAACAGGGAGUUCAUUUCAUUUCUCUUGAGAGAAAAAUGAGAACAACAAACAAGAUAAACACUGAUUUUACAUGUGUCGGUGUUGCAUAUGCAAACAAUAACUUAUAUAUUUCAGAUUUAUACACAUCAGUUUAUAUGUAUACAUUGUCUGGUAGGAAACUCAAUCAGUUUAGUAAGGAUCAAUCAGGACAUAAGUUGUUUUCUAAAAUAUUUAGUCUAGCUGUCAGUAAGGAUGCUACUAGGAUUUAUGUUGCUGACUACUUUAAUGGACUGAUAGUACUGGACAACAAUGGUCAGGUAAUUACAUCAUUUUAUGAUGAUGAACAAUUAAAGGGGGCUAACUGUUGUUAUCUUACUAAAGCAGGAAGUGUGCUGGUAUCUGGAUUCAAAUCCAAUAAUGUUUUACAGUUUACAUGUGAUGGUGCGCUGAUAGGAGAGGUUAUAAAAGAUGAUAGCAGAAAAAAGGGCAUUACAUCAGUUUGUUGUAAUCAACAAAUGACAAAGAUGUGUAUAUUUAGACUUUCAGAUAACAACAUUGAAGUGUAUGACAUCUAAUCAGUAAAACAAAUGAUUCAGAAAAGAAAAAUAAACAUUUUUUAUAUAUGCCUUACUCUCAAAAUGUAUGCAAGGAGUAUAACAUGUCUUAUUUAUUAUAGGUAAUAAUUUCUUUUGGAGUUCCCAUUUUUGAAUGCAUCUGGUUUAAAUGUUUUUGUUAUAUUACAAGAAAUAUCAUGAGAGUAUUUGGCGAGCAUUAUGAAUAUUGUUUCAAUUAGCAAGUUGAAUACAAUUGAUUGAUUGUUAUUUAUUACAAACCCAAAAAAAGAAUGAUAUACAGUAAAAAGGUCAUUCUUUUCAUUGAUGCAUGUAUAGUGUAAUUUUAAUAUUUAGCCUAUUUUGAUGUUUGAAUAACACAAUAUGUCAUGUUAAAUUGUCGUUACACUAGUGUAAUAUUCAUUUUCAUUUAAUGGCUUUUUUAUACUUCUGUGCGUGAAAAAAAUAAAAUUCUAUUGAUAAAUCCUCUUUCGCCAUUGCCUUAACCCCAGAAUGCAUAAAGUUAAGUUCAUACAAGAAAGCCAAGAUAGCCCUGAAUCGCUCACCAGGAACAACUGUUUUUCAGUGAUUACAACUGUUUUUCAGUGAUUAUAGAGAAACAAAUUUCUCAAAUAAACUUGUAAAAAGACAAGUCCAGCUCAACUUCAACUUGCCUCCCUUAAGUUUUAGUUUCCCAACACUGAUUGUUUUUUGUUUAUUUCUUCAAAGUAAAAAUGAUAAGAACCUUUCACAAAUGUCCCAAGUGCAUACCGGUAUCUUAAAAAUUAGAUAAUUACAUAAUCGCAGUAUUUAGAUGUCACAGGUUCAUAUACGUAGUACGGUACAUGUUUGUAUGUGUUAUUGCUUGUCCUAUUAAAUGUCCUAUAGCUUUAAUUUUCAUCAUACUUUUCAUUCAUCCCCAUAUUGAUCAUAUACUUUCUACUUCAUUGAUUCACUACACUACGCAUGCGCACUAUUUUGAAAGAUUUUGAUGGCGAGAGCCGCGAUUUUUGAUUGCUGUUAAAGUUAUUUGAAAGCGCAUCAUUUGUGUAUUUACAGGUAAAUUGGUAGAUUGUUUUGAUGCUCUAAUUCAUUCUUUCCAUUUUGCCAUUCAUCAUUUUCAUUGAUAUUUUGUAUUUUGCACUAUUUUGAAAGAUUUUGAUGGCGAGAGCCGCGAUUUUUGAUUGCUAUUAAAGUUAUUUGAAAGCGCAUCAUUUGUGUAUUUACAGGUAAAUUGGUAGAUUGUUUUGAUGCUCUAAUUCAUUCUUUCCAUUUUGUCAUUCAUCAUUUUCAUUGAUAUUUUGUAUUUUGCACUAUUUUGAAAGAUUUUGAUGGCGAGAGCCGCGAUUUUUGAUUGCUAUUAAAGUUAUUUGAAAGCGCA